AUGGGCACUUCCAAAGGAUUGCAAUCAGAAGGCUCGGAAUUCACAAGCACUUCUCGAACAACUUCUUUCUCUGCACCUAUGCCUGCUGUUCCUGCAAGAUAUGUGUUGAAGCCAGGUGAGUAUUUACAUGAUAUUGGAGAAUCAGAAACGCUUACUAGUUUCACACGCCGGGUGUGUUCUAUGACUGUUUAUGGUUUAUUCUUUGAUUAUGCCACUGUUAUUUCCAAGGAUGUCAAAGAUUCAUCAAUUGUCUGUGAACAGCAUGGAGCGUUAAAUCGAUACAAAGAUAUUCGAUGUCUUGAUAAGACUAGAGUGAUAGUCCCACAUACAUCAGGCAUGCAUGAUUAUAUCAAUGCUAAUUAUGUGGAUGGCUUUCGAGAGGAAAAGAAAUUUAUUUUGACGCAGUCGCCAAUGGAAAACACUGUGGAGUCAUUUUGGGCAAUGAUAUAUCAGGAAAAUGUGGUCAUAAUUGUUGCAAUGACUAGUCUCUAUAGAGCAAAGACAUUUUUGUAUGUUCCAAUUAAACGAUCAACUACCGCCAUAUUCGGGUCCUAUUCCAUCAAAUUUUGCGGAUCACAAUUAAUUCGAGAAGCAUAUGAAGCGUCAGUAUUAAAGCUGAGAAAAGGAAAUGGGCAAGAACGGAAAAUCCUUCAUAUAUGUUUUUAUACGUGGCAUGAGAAAGGUACACCAGAAAGACCAACUGAAAUGCUUUAUUUAGUAUCCGAUAUAAAUUACAAUCGGAAGUUGUUCAUUGAUGAAGCAAAAAAAAGUGGUUGGCUAAAAGAUGAAUGUUCACCAGUUGUUGUGCAUUGUUCAACGGGUGCAGGUAGGAGUGGUACACUGGCUGUAUUGGAUAUAUGUUGUCGUAAAAUGGAUUACACCGAGAAAGUACCUCAUGGUGAUAUAUUGGUAGAUGUUCGGGAUACAGUACUUCGUGUCAGAACGCAACGUGACAAAGCGGUUAUGAAGCCAGAACAGUACUUAUUGUUACAUUUACUUAUGAUUGAAUAUGCGUUGCGUCAGAAAUACUACGGUGAUAUUGAUUUCAUUGAUUUGUCAAACUAUACCGGUGCUAUAUAA